AUGGUCGAUGAACUUCAUCAGUACCUCCACGGUGAGAGCGAGAUAUCGGAUGCUCCGUCGGCCACCGCCGCUGACCGUGGACUGUUGGAUGUCGUCGGAAAGAAUGAUGAGGAGGAGAAGAAGAAGAGCGACGAGGGGGCCCUCACUGAAGAAUUCGAAGACAAAGUUGAAAUUAGCAGUGAAAAUAAGGUAGAAGAAGUUAAGAGGAUGAACGAGGCAAUAGUCAAGAAGCUUCAUCGCUCGACCAGCUCCGGCAGCUCCAGUGGCGAGGAGGAAGUUGAUGACUGUAGGGAAAAGAAGAAUAAAAAUAAGGGUUUGAAGGAGAAAAUUGUAGAAAAAGUAUUAGGCGAAAACAAACAAGAAGAAGAAAUUGUCACGGAAGUUAUAAACGAAGACACUUUAAUACCAAUAGAGAAUAUUGAUGAUCAUCACAUACCAACUCAAGAGGAGAAUAGUGUCUUGGAUAAGAUUAGGGAGAAGCUUCCUGGCGGCAAUGAGACUGAGGAAGUGGCAGCACCACCACCAACUCCAGCAGCCGGCGCUGUGUACGCCGCCAUUUCCGAAGCUGACAACCAAGAAAAUAAAGGUCUCUUGGAUAAGAUCAACAAGAAACUUCCGAUUUAG